AUGGGUAAUCAAUUAGGAACUUUAGAGGAACAUUGUGUAUCUUCGUCCAGGAAUUUCGUAAAUUUAAAACAUCGAUCACCGUCAAUUCGUCAUUUGGUAACACCUUUAUCUCCAUUCUUGCAACAUUCAAAGCCUUCUAACCAUAAACGUCGAUCUCGUUCUCAGAGUGAAGGCGUGACAAGUGAGUGUGGAACGGCAAUUUCAACAACGGAUUCUCAGCUGCCUCGAGGGUCUGGAUUUAGUGAUAAAGUGGGAGACGAGAUGAUGAUGAUGUCGUUCCCAUUGGAUCCGACAAAAGAAGAAGAUGAACAGUCGAGAAGUUUACGAGAUAGUUGCAAUAGUAAACACAAGUGUGAACAUGCAGUCGAUCAACUGAGACGGAUUCGUGAAGCUGAGAAACUUUUACUUGAAAUUGCAAAGGAGUAUGCAGCCAAAAGAGCAGCCGGGUUAGUACCGACAAAGCCCGUGCCUGCACGGACGUUAUUGUGGGAAGAAUUGGAAAGAAGAACACAACGGAUACGAGCACGUGCUGGACGAAGAGGAACUUGUGUCUUUGGUCGAGAUUCAGAUGAAGGACCAUGUGGAUGUUCGAAAUAUAAAAAGAUGAAACAGUUACCCAAUGGACGAGAAAAUAUCGGAGGAAUCUGUGAAUGCUGCAACCAUGGAGCUCCGUGGCAUCGACUUUCGGGAGGAAAAAUGGCUGCCACUGGAAGUGCCACGAUGAGCAUGCUGACACGAUCAUCCAUGCGUUCUCGAGGCACUCGGAGUCGAGCGAGUAGCCGAAAUAGUCACACAGUAUCGAGGAGUGAAAGUAUUCGUCAGCAGAACUUGAUCGAAGGGUCCAUGUAUUCACUAGGCAGCGACUACUAUGACGAAUAUGAUGAGGAUUACGAUAGCGACGAACCAAGUGAUGACGACGAGAACAUUGCUAACGAGGUAGCAAGGCCAAUUGGUAUGAUGGAUGAUUUGACACCUCCACUCACCCAAAGCCACGCUCGAAGUGAGGAUGAUAUACGGGACCGCAACUCGCUCUUUUCAAAUGGAGAUAGCUUUGGACUACCACCACGUCUUUCCAGCACAAGUCGUCAUCUCGACAAGCUCCUAGGUGCAAUUGCUAAAUAUCGAGCGAUGGGUAUGUCUGAAGAUGAGAUCGAGAUCAAGAUUCGCGAGGAUUUUCCACCUGCUGAGCGAUUAUCGUACGGUGGCGGCAAUUCCAAUCGUAAUAGUCAUUAA